ACUGGCAACUUGUCUUUGCUUUAGAAAAACAAACUUUUUUUGUUGACUUUCAAUUCAAUAAUAUUUUUAUGCAAAUACCUACUCAGAAAGUGUAUUAUUUAUUAAUAAAGAAUUCAUAAGACUAAAAAAUGACUGAUUAUUGUUUCUCUGAAUUAGAGUGUAAAAUAAUAUGUGCACAAAUUGAAAGGAGAGCCAAGUAUAGAAAAGAGUUUCUGAAACUGCGAACGGAUCCAUGCUUACAUUCCAAAGAAUCUGGAUAUGUAUUUGACCCUGCCAUGCAAAGAUUCAUGUCCAUGAAGUGUACUCAGUUCGAGCAUUUCACAGCGACCAAAAGCAACGUUGUGAAUGGCAUAUUGUUUCUGAUACCGUUCUUUGUGUACGGGUAUGCGGUAUGGAGUCAGCGCAGUCACGUGGAGAGAGAAAUACGAUGCGGGAGGCUCAAGUAUCGUGACAGACUGUUCAAAUUGCAAUAAAGUAGUAAUUGAUGUGAUUUUCCUUCUUUUUUCCCAU